AUGGUGGAAGGUGUUCUGUGCAACAAGCAGGACAGAGGGCAGGAAGGCCGCAAGAGCGAGGUGAGAGGAGGCACGGUGUGCAGUGGAUCAGGCACUUGCCUUGGUGGUUUCAGUUAUAACGGACAGUACAUCAAGAAUUUUACCUGUCAUCCUUUAAAAGAAGUUCAGACUCAGGACAAUUCCUUCAGGAAGAAGACAGGUGAUGCUGGAGGUGUGAUCUGUAGAUUAUGCAACCUUUCAGUCCCUUUUCAUGGAUGUCUUAUAGACUUGGGAACCUGCAGAACGAAACCUGGUCAGUAUUGUAUAGAAGAGAUGCACACUAAAGGUGGCAUUCAGUGGUACUCAAUUAAAGGCUGCACAGAAAGUCAAGAGGAAUGCUUCAAAAGAAUUGUGAAAACUUAUGAAAUCCUCUCGACUCACUGCUGCCAUCGUCCUUUGUGCAAUUUCUGA